AUGGAGGCAGCGCGCACGGAGCGCCCCGCAGGCUGGCCCGGGGCGCCUCUCGCCCGGACGGGGCUCCUGCUCCUGUCGACGUGGGUCUUGGCCGGCGCCGAGAUCACUUGGGGCGCGACGGGCGGUCCUGGGCGCCCCGCGGCCGCGGCUUCGCGGCCCCCGGUGCUGCUUCCUCUCUUCCCGCGGGCAGUGGUAAGCCAGUGGCCAGAGGAGCUGGCGACGGCGCGGAGAGGCGCCGCACUGGGGCGCCGGCCCGGACCUGAGCCGCUGCCCCAGCCAGGAGGCGGCAGCGGCAGCGUUGGAACGAAGCAGGGAGAAGCCGGGGGACCGUCGCCGGCAGGCGCGCGGUGGGGCCAAGGCACCCCGGUUCCGGGCAAGCCUGGCGGCGCGAGGAGGAGUCGCCGGGCGCAGCCCUCCCGUGCCCUGGAACGCGGGGACGCCCGGGCCACUGCCUUGGCCGAUGGUUCCAGAGGAAGCCGCCCUCUGGCCAAGGGUCUCCGGGAGGAGGUGAAGGCGCCGCGGGCCGGGGGGGCGGCGGCCGAAGAGCUCCGGCUGCCCAGCACCUCGUUCGCGCUGACCGGGGACUCGGCCCACAAUCAAGCCAUGGUGCACUGGUCGGGACACAACAGCAGCGUGAUACUUAUCCUGACCAAGCUAUAUGACUUCAAUCUGGGGAGCGUGACUGAGAGCUCGCUGUGGAGAUCAACGGAUUAUGGCACCACCUACGAGAAGCUGAAUGACAAAGUGGGUUUGAAGACUGUCCUCAGUUACCUCUACGUCAAUCCCACCAACAAAAGGAAGAUCAUGCUUCUUAGUGAUCCUGAAAUGGAGAGCAGCAUAUUAAUCAGCUCAGAUGAGGGGGCCACCUAUCAGAAAUACCGGCUCACUUUCUACAUCCAGAGUCUGCUCUUCCAUCCCAAGCAGGAGGACUGGGUGCUGGCCUACAGUCUGGAUCAAAAGCUCUAUAGCUCCAUGGACUUUGGAAGACGGUGGCAACUCAUGCAUGAACGCAUCACACCCAACAGGUUUUACUGGUCGGUGGCCGGAUUGGAUAAGGAAGCGGACCUGGUGCACAUGGAGGUGCGGACCGCCGAUGGAUAUGCUCACUACCUCACCUGCAGGAUCCAGGAAUGUGCCGAGACCACUCGCAGUGGGCCUUUUGCCCGCUCCAUUGACAUCAGUUCCCUGGUUGUUCAGGAUGAAUAUAUCUUCAUUCAGGUGACAACUGGUGGAAGAGCCAGCUACUAUGUGUCCUAUCGGAGAGAGGCCUUCACCCAGAUAAAGCUGCCCAAGUACUCCCUGCCCAAGGACAUGCACAUCAUCAGUACCGAUGAGAACCAAGUGUUCGCAGCCGUCCAAGAAUGGAACCAGAACGACACGUACAACCUCUACAUCUCAGACAUGCGUGGCAUCUACUUCACCCUGGCCAUGGAGAACAUUAAGAGUAGCCGAGGUCUAAUGGGAAACAUUAUUAUUGAAUUGUAUGAGGUAGCAGGUAUCAAAGGGAUAUUCUUGGCAAACAAGAAAGUGGAUGACCAGGUGAAGACAUACAUCACUUACAACAAGGGCAGAGACUGGCGCCUACUUCAAGCCCCAGAUGUGGACCUGCGUGGAAGUCCAGUACACUGCUUGCUGCCCUUCUGCUCCUUACACCUGCACUUGCAGAUCUCUGAAAAUCCGUAUUCCUCAGGAAGAAUUUCUAGCAAAGAGACAGCCCCGGGACUCGUGGUGGCUACAGGCAACAUUGGCCCGGAGCUCUCAUAUACUGAUAUUGGUGUGUUCAUCUCUUCUGAUGGGGGCAACACAUGGAGACAGAUCUUUGAUGAAGAGUACAAUGUCUGGUUCCUAGACUGGGGUGGCGCCCUCGUGGCCAUGAAACACACACCUCUACCAGUCAGACAUUUGUGGGUGAGUUUUGACGAGGGCCACUCCUGGGACAAGUAUGGCUUCACUUCGGUUCCUCUCUUUGUUGACGGGGCUCUGGUGGAGGCAGGAGUGGAGACCCAAAUCAUGACAGUUUUUGGCCACUUCAGCCUCCGUUCUGAAUGGCAGUUGGUGAAAGUGGACUACAAAUCUAUCUUCAGCCGGCGCUGCACCAGGGAGGACUAUCAGACCUGGCACCUGCUCAAUCAGGGGGAGCCCUGCGUCAUGGGAGAAAGGAAAAUAUUCAAGAAACGCAAGCCAGGAGCUCAGUGUGCCCUGGGCCGAGACUCUUCAGGGACAGUGGUCUCAGAACCCUGUGUCUGUGCCGACUGGGACUUUGAAUGUGACUAUGGCUAUGAGAGACAUGGAGAGAGCCAGUGUGUCCCAGCUUUCUGGUACAACCCAGCCUCCCCAUCAAAGGACUGCAGCCUUGGUCAAAGCUACCUUAACAGCACCGGGUACCGGCGGAUUGUGUCCAACAACUGCACGGACGGGCUGAGGGAGAAGUACACAGCCAAGGCCCAGAUGUGUCCCGGAAAAGCCCCUCGAGGCCUCCAUGUGGUGACAACCGAUGGACGCCUGGUGGCAGAGCAGGGGCAUAAUGCGACUUUCAUCAUCCUCAUGGAGGAGGGUGAUCUCCAAAGGACAAACAUCCAGCUUGACUUUGGGGAUGGAAUCGCGGUGUCCUAUGCUAACUUCAGCCCCAUUGAGGAUGGCAUCAAGCACGUGUACAAGAGUGCGGGGAUCUUCCAGGUGAUGGCCUAUGCGGAGAACAACCUGGGCUCGGACACAGCUGUCCUAUUCCUGCACGUGGUUUGUCCUGUGGAACAUGUUCAUCUCCGAGUGCCAUUUGUCGCCAUAAGAAAUAAGGAGGUCAACAUCAGUGCAGUUGUGUGGCCCAGUCAGCUGGGGACCCUUACCUAUUUCUGGUGGUUUGGCAAUAGCACGAAGCCCCUCAUCACCUUGGACAGCAGCAUUUCCUUCACGUUCCUGGCCGAAGGCACCAACACCAUCACUGUCCAGGUGGCUGCUGGGAAUGCCCUUAUCCAGGACACAAAAGACAUUGCUGUGCACGAAUAUUUCCAGUCCCAACUCUUGUCAUUCUCUCCAAACCUGGAUUACCACAACCCUGACAUUCCUGAGUGGAGGCAAGAUAUUGGCAGUGUCAUCAAGAGAGCUUUGGUUAAAGUGACUGGUGUCCCGGAAGACCAGAUCCUGGUGGCCGUGUUCCCUGGCCUCCCCACUUCAGCAGAGCUCUUCAUCCUUCCCCCCAAGAACUUGACUGAGCGGAGGAAAGGCAACGAAGAGGACCUGGAACAAAUUGUAGAGAUGCUGUUUAAUGCUCUAAACCAAAACUUGGUGCAGUUUGAGCUGAAGCCAGGGGUUCAAGUUAUUGUGUUUGUCACACAGCUGACAUUAGCUCCGUUGGUGGACUCCAGUGCUGGGCACAGCAGCUCGGCCAUGCUUAUGCUCUUGUCAGUGGUGUUUGUUGGCCUGGCUGUGUUUCUAAUCUACAAGUUUAAAAGGAAAAUCCCCUGGAUUAACAUCUAUGCUCAAGUCCAGCACGACAAGGAGCAGGAGAUGAUUGGGUCAGUGAGCCAAAGUGAAAACACCCCCAAAAUCACACUCAGUGACUUCACCGAGCCCGAGGAACUGCUGGACAAAGAGCUGGACACCCGGGUCAUAGGAGGCAUUGCCACCAUUGCAAACAGCGAAAGCACAAAGGAGAUCCCCAACUGCACUAGCGUUUAA